AUGUUUGUGAACAACCUCAGAUGCGUGCGUAUGCGUUGGAUGAUACUGAGCAAAAUUUGCAUGCACCCGUACUUGCUACAUGCUCCGCUCGACAAAGAUGGUGCCAUUGUGGUGAAUGAGAAUCUGGUCAAAGCGUCAGGCAAAAUGAUGUUACUCGACAGGCUUCUUUCAAAACUAGUUCCGCGUGGUCACAAGAUUGAUGCGUUUAAUAAAGACAAAAGCAUUUCUCUCUUUCUACUCAGUACUCGGUCAGGUGGUCUCGGAAUUAACCUGACGGCUGCCGACACCGUUAUCUUUUUUCAGAGUGACUGGAAUCCUCAGGCUGAUCUGCAGGCCGAAGAUCGUUGCCACAGAAUUGGCCAGGACAAACCCGUCCUGGUAUUCAGGUUCGUAGUUCAAGGAACGAUCGACGAGAUCGUUUUCAACCGUGCAUCAACGAAACGACGAUUGGAGAAACUUGUCAUUCAUUCCGGUAACUGA